GGCGUCCUCCGGGUGGCAGACAUCACGUACACCGGUCGAGUUGGAGAUCCCGGGUCACCCGGCCCGCACGGCCUUAAUGGAGACAGAGGACGGAUGGGAAUACCUGGCGCCCCAGGACUGCCUGGCAGAUCAAUACUCGGACUGCGGGGAGUUGUAGGUCAGAAGGGAGUUCCAGGAUGCAAGGGGGUCAGAGGAGAUCCAGGUCAGAUCUCUACAGAGAAACCCACACCUGGAGAACCUGGAAAACCAGGGCGCCCUGGAUUCAGGGGACCUAAAGGACAGCAAGGUGUUCCAGGUACCUACUGUCUCCCUGGAGCCUCAGGACCACCUGGGGACCCAGGUGUGUCAGGGCCCACAGGGUUUCAGGGCUCACUGGGAAUUAAAGGUAGUUGUGGUGGCUGUUCUUGUGGCGUUCCUCUUGUACUAAGAGGUGCACCUGGCCCUAUGGGUGACUUGGGAUUUCCAGGGUUCCAAGGAUCCCCCGGACCCACAGGUCCUCGGGAGAGGUCGGGCCGGAUUCCCGGGUUCAAAGGCUUUAAAGGACAGAAAGGAGAUUUAACGGUGGAGGAUAUUGAAGGUGAGAAGGGAAACAAGGGACAGCAGGGCCCUGCAGGCAGACAAGGUUCCCAGGAAGAAGAGGACAGACUGGGCCCCCAGGGGUCCCUGGAAAUCCCGGUUUCCAGAAAUUUCCGACCGUGCCUGAAGGCAGCACCCUCCUCCUCCUCCUCUGUGCGUCUUCAGUCCCAGAGCCGCAGCUUUCUCCUCACACUGAGUCGAGCUUUUCUCCGCUGUCUCGUCGCCCGGUGUCCGGCUCCUGGACGCCUCAGCCCGGCUCCUGGUGACAGUGUGACCCGCCGCUCCGCCACCAUGUCCCCGCGCUGUGAGUAA